UGUCGUCGCGGCGCCCCCGCCCAGUCCUCCGUCCGCACCGCCCCUGGAGCCGGCCGGCCGGGCCMGGAGCCAGGGCCCAGUCCCCGCCAUGCCGGCCCGGCGGCUGUUGCUGCUGCUGCUGGCGCUGCUGUUGCCCGGCUCCAGGGCUCUCUGGAAACUAGCAUGUAUAGCCGUAGGGCCUGUUGCUAUUUCAUCCGUUCUAGAGAAAAGAGCACUGAAGACUGAACCGGCUGGGCAAAGAUUUUUGGAAGUACCAGCACAGUGACACUGCCUGAAACCUUAUUGUUUGUGUCAACGCUGGAUGGAAGCUUGCAUGCUGUCAGCAAGAGGACAGGCUCCAUCAAGUGGACUUUAAAAGAAGACCCAGUCCUGCAGGUCCCGACGCACGUUGAAGAGCCUGCUUUCCUCCCAGAUCCCAAUGAUGGCAGCCUGUAUACACUUGGGGGCAAGAAUAAUGAAGGCCUAACGAAACUUCCCUUUACCAUCCCAGAGUUGGUACAGGCAUCCCCAUGCCGAAGUUCAGAUGGAAUCCUCUACAUGGGUAAAAAGCAGGACAUUUGGUAUGUCAUCGACCUCUUGACUGGUGAGAAGCAGCAGACUUUGUCAUCGGCCUUUGCAGAUAGUCUCUGCCCAUCAACCUCUCUUUUGUAUCUUGGACGGACAGAAUAUACCAUCACCAUGUAUGACACCAAAACCCGAGAGCUCCGCUGGAAUGCCACCUACUUUGACUAUGCAGCCUCACUGCCGGAGGACGACAUGGACUACAAGAUGUCCCACUUUGUGUCCAAUGGUGAUGGACUCGUGGUGACUGUGGACAGUGAAUCUGGGGACGUCCUGUGGAUUCAAAACUAUGCCUCUCCAGUGGUGGCCUUCUACGUCUGGCAGCGGGAGGGUCUGAGGAAGGUGAUGCACAUCAAUGUUGCUGUGGAGACCCUACGCUACCUGACCUUCAUGUCUGGGGAGGUGGGUCGCAUCACCAAGUGGAAGUACCCGUUCCCCAAAGAGACGGAGGCCAAGAGCAAACUGACGCCUACCCUGUAUGUUGGGAAGUACUCCACCAGCCUCUAUGCCUCUCCCUCCAUGGUGCAUGAGGGGGUCGCUGUUGUGCCUCGUGGCAGCACUCUUCCUUUGCUGGAAGGCCCCCAGACUGAUGGUGUCACCAUUGGGGACAAAGGGGAAUGUGUGAUCACACCCAGCACAGACCUCAAGUUUGACCCCGGACUCAAAGGGAAGAACAAGCUCAACUACUUGAGGAAUUACUGGCUCCUGAUAGGACACCAUGAAACCCCGCUGUCUGCAUCUACCAAGAUGCUGGAGAGGUUUCCCAACAAUCUACCCAAACAUCGGGAAAAUGUGAUUCCUGCUGAUUCUGAAAAAAAGAGUUUUGAAGAUGUUAUCAACCUGGUGGAUCAAACAGAAAAUGCACCAACCACUAUGUCUCAGGAUGUGGAAGAGAAGUUGGCUCAUGCCCCUGCCAAGCCUGAGGCUCCUGUGGACUCCAUGCUCAAGGACAUGGCUACCAUCAUCCUAAGCACCUUCCUGCUGGUUGGCUGGGUAGCCUUCAUCAUCACCUACCCCCUGAGCAUGCAUCAGCAGCAGCAGCUCCAGAACCAGCAGUUCCAAAAGGAACUGGAGAAAAUCCAGCUCUUGCAGCAACAGCAGCUGCCCUUCCAUCCUCCUGGAGAAUUGACCCAGGACGUCGAGCUCCUGGACACAUCAGGCCCCUACUCAGAGAGCUCAGGCACCAGCAGCCCCAGCCCAUCCCCCAGGGCUUCGAACCACUCGCUGCACUCUGGCAGCUCUGUCUCCAAGGCUGGUGCCRGCCCCUUCCUGGAGCAGGAUGAGGAAGAUGAGGAAACCAGCAUGGUGAUAGUUGGGAAAAUUUCUUUCUGUCCCAAGGAUGUCCUGGGCCAUGGAGCUGAGGGCACAAUUGUGUACCGGGGCAUGUUUGACAACCGUGAUGUGGCUGUGAAGAGGAUCCUCCCCGAGUGUUUUAGCUUUGCAGACCGUGAGGUCCAGUUGUUGCGAGAAUCAGAUGAGCACCCGAAUGUCAUCCGUUAUUUCUGCACGGAGAGGGACCGGCAGUUCCAAUAUAUUGCCAUUGAGUUGUGUGCAGCCACCCUGCAGGAGUACGUAGAGCAGAAGGACUUUGCCCACCUUGGCCUAGAGCCCAUCACCUUGCUGCAGCAGACCACCUCAGGCCUGGCACACCUCCACUCCCUCAACAUUGUUCACAGAGAUCUGAAGCCCCACAACAUUCUCCUCUCCAUGCCCAAUGCACACGGCAGGAUCAAGGCCAUGAUCUCUGACUUUGGCCUCUGUAAGAAGCUGGCAGUGGGCAGGCAUAGCUUCAGUCGCCGUUCCGGGGUGCCUGGCACUGAAGGCUGGAUUGCCCCAGAGAUGCUGAGUGAAGACUGCAAGGAGAACCCUACCUAUACAGUGGACAUCUUCUCUGCAGGCUGCGUCUUUUACUACGUCAUCUCUGAGGGCAGCCACCCCUUUGGCAAGUCCCUGCAGCGGCARGCCAACAUCCUCCUGGGUGCCUACAGCCUUGAGUGCUUCCACCCAGAGAAGCAUGAAGACGUCAUUGCACGUGAGCUGAUAGAGAAAAUGAUCGCCAUGGAUCCCCAGCAGCGGCCCUCAGCGAAGCAUGUUCUGAAACACCCAUUCUUCUGGAGCCUGGAAAAGCAGCUGCAGUUCUUUCAGGACGUGAGUGACCGAAUAGAAAAGGAGUCCCUGGAUGGCCCGAUAGUGCGACAGUUAGAAAGAGGCGGGAGAGCAGUGGUGAAGAUGGACUGGCGGGAGAACAUCACUGUCCCCCUCCAGACAGAUCUGCGUAAAUUCAGAACCUACAAAGGUGGCUCCGUCAGAGAUCUCCUUCGAGCCAUGAGAAAUAAGAAACAUCACUACCGGGAGCUCCCAGUGGAGGUGCGGGAGACGCUGGGCUCCCUUCCCGACGACUUUGUGCGCUACUUCACCUCCCGCUUCCCCCACCUCCUCUCACACACCUACCGGGCCAUGGAGCUGUGCAGCCACGAGAGACUCUUCCAGCCCUACUACUUCCACGAGCCCCUGGAGCCCCAGCCCCCAGUGACUCCAGAUGCCCUCUGACCAGGGCAGUCCCUCCAUUCUGGUGACCCAGCUGUGACUGCAGACCUGGUCUCUGCAGUCCAGAGCUUGAUGCCUCCCAGCUUAGCAGGGAGACCAGGCUUCCCAAACCAAGUGCCUUGAGCUGCCCACUCUGCAGCCAGCAGACGAUAAUGCUGACCCCAAGAAGUGGGAGAGGUGGCCCUCAUGACCUAUAGGAAACUAGGAGGAUGCUGGCCCUGAAAACUUUGUAGCCCAAGGAUGUCUGCAAAGGAGGCUGUGAAGGGAGCACCGCGGACCCUCUGCUGGUUGAACUCACUUCAGCUUGUCUCUUUUUAUAAUUCCUAUUUGAUGUCAGCUGAGGGCCUUUCAGGAGGGGAGCAGAGGAAUUCUGUGUGGCCUGCAGGCUGAGACCAGCUAGGCUGGGAUGCAGGAAGUGCAGCCUCUGCUAGAGUGGGCUGGAGAGGUAAGGAGUGCUGAGGAGGAGGACGUUUGGAGAUGUUCUCCUGGGGAGAAGGAACCUUAUCACAGAUGCACCCAGAGGCUCCUUGGCUACUGGUAGCAGUGUUUCCCCAGGGAGCAAAGCCGUGAGCAUGGGGCGUAAAGUUAGGGACGGCUCAGCCAUGCACGUGGGCAGCUGAGGUGUAUCUAGUCUCUGGAAAUGAAGAGGACACUCUGUUCUGGAGGCUGCAGUUGGCAGCAUACCAGGGCCUGAAUGGAGGCCCUGUGGUGGAUUGUGUCCUAGGCCAUUUGGGGCCAGAGGGGAAGAGUUCCCUAGCCAUCAAGGAGGGCAGCUAACACCAGACAGGGACAGGCCCUCAGGAGCAGAGGGGAGCCACUGAAUGGGAGCCUCCUGGCUAUGCAGAGAAGACCUUGAGCCAGCUUGUGAGCAAUAAGGCCCCUCUGUCCCCGAGACCAGCAGAUCAGGAUGCACGUGGUGAGUGAGAGCCUGUGGGCUGGGAGCCAAGGCCAGGGUCAUGUGGGCUUUGUGGGCCAGCUUUCUAUUUCCUGGCAAAUCUUAAUCUAUUUUGAUCAUACUGUAGAAUGCUAAUUAGCAUAAGUAAGCGAAACUUAACUUGAAACUUACUCAUGAGGAAGAAAUGCAAGAUAUCUUCUAUUUUGUGUGGUACCAAAAAUCAUCAUCCUCUUGAGAGUGUUCCCAUGUAGACCAUUAUUCUCCAAUGCUGAAGAGCAAAACAUUCUAGUAACACUAUGUAAAUGUACUAAUGUCAAAGUAAUGUUCCCUAAAUUAUGUCAGUACCUUUUUCCCCCUAAAAUCAAUCAAUAUUCAUUUCUAACUUUAGUUUCAGUUAAAACUUCUGUCUUUUCCCUCCCGAGAGCUUAGAGGUUACGGUGCAGUCAGGGUCUGCAGCGGGGGGAAUGUUCUGUGGGAACUUCCUGUAGCUCCUGGUCUGCUGAGUGUCUAGCCAGUCCGCGUCAGAGCAGCACUGUCAGCUUUACGCAGCCACAGGGUGCUGCUUCCCGUGAGAGGUUUUCUGCUUGUGUUCACAUCAGGUCACUUACCCAAAGUUUAUUCUGCCUUUCUAUUCAGUUCCYUGCUUUCUUAAUGACUAAAGUGGCCUUUUUCUUAAUGUAACCCUACAUCUUUAACCUCAUGGAGAACCUGCUCAUGACCUUAGAGCCUGAGCACUCUGGUUGGCUCCCUGGUGUCUCCUGUCACAUAGUCAGGAACACAGCUGGCUCUGUCCCCUAUACCUGGUCUGCCUUCACAGUGCUCUCUGUAGACUUGUACAGGUCUCUUUGCUAGUGAGUCCAAGAGG